AUGUCGACAACACGUGGUUUUUUCGGCGCCGCGAUUUACGCUGACGAGGAGGAGGAGGAGGAGGAGGAGUCUCGUCGCUUUGCAAUGGGUUUCGAUCUGACAUUGCAGUGGAGCCCAUGGCUCUUCGCAACCUUCAUCCUCGCCGCAAUCCCCCUCUUCCUCCGCGCUGUGCUCCUAUCAAGCAAAAAACCAGACCCUAAACCAGCGUACAUCACAACGAAAACUGCACUCAGCACAGAACUAUCCACCGCUCUGCCCGAAUCAGUCUUCUUCGGUGCACACCCUUCAUUUCAUGAGUCCAUCUCCUCCUACUUCGGCCUCGCCCAACAGAGCGUCAUCCCGGAAUGCAUCGUCAAGCCCCUAACCGCACAGGAAGUCUCCACCGCAAUCAAAAUCAUAAAGCGGCACUAUGACGAAAGUAUCCGCGACGGCAGCCCGCAUCCCACCUUUGCCAUCCGCAGCGGCGGCCACAAUUAUGUCGUGACCGCCGCGACGGCCCGUGACGGCAUCGUCUUCGACCUCCGCCUCCUGAACUCCGUUGAGCUCUCCGAAGACCGCAAGUCCGUUACUAUCGGCCCGGGCGCGACCUGGAGCGCUGUUUCCUCCGUUCUGGAUCCGCUGGGUCUUGCCGUGGCCGCGGGUCGGAAUGCGGCUGUUGGUGUCGGCGGGCUCGCCCUCGGAGGCGGCAUAUCGUACUUCUCCCCGCGCGUCGGCUUCGCCUGCGAUAACAUCACCUCCUACGACAUCGUCCUCGCAGACGGGACCCUCACCACUACCACCACCACCACCUCUUCCCCCACCGCCGACCUCUCCCGCGCCCUCAAAGGCGGCUCCAACAACUUCGGCAUCGUCACCAGCCUAACAACCACCACCUUCCCCGCCGGCCCCCUCUGGGGCGGCUUCCUCUACUCCCUCGGCACACGCACAACCCGCCUAUCCAGCAUCCGCGCCAUGCACGCCUUCAUCGCAGCAACAGCCUCCACAAAUCCCACCUCCACCACCACAUACGACCCCGCCGCCUCCCCAAUGGUAUGCAUAAUCGACAUCAACAUCCUCGGCCUCACAUACAUCCCACUCGUAAUCCUCAACCUCGUGCACACAGACGGCAAAGCCUGGCCCGCAUGCUACGACGGCUUCAAAGCACUACCACGGGUGUUCAGCAGCGCGAAAGUGCAGAGCAUCACGAGCGCGGCGCGCGAGCACGAAGGGCUGUGCACGCCGGGCAGCAUGCAGUUUCAGGCUACGACGACGGUGGCGAAUGAUCUGGAUACGCUGAUGUAUGUGCAUGCGACGUGGGAGAAGUAUCGGGCGCGACUGGGGCGGGUGAGGGGGUUGUUGUGGGAGUUUGUGCUGCAGCCGAUGGCGGUGUCGAUGAUGCAGAACCGGGGUGGUGAUCGUGAUGGUAGUGGUGGUGGUAAUUGUCUUGGGUUAGAAGAUCAGCAGGAACCGCUUGUGAUUGUGCUUAUCCUUGCGGUGUGGCGGGAUGCGGCUGAUGAAGCGGUGGUGGAGGAGUGUGGGCGGCGGACGACGGAGGAGAUUGACGCGUAUGCGAAGGCACGUGGGACGGCGCAUCGGUAUAAGUACUUGAAUUACUGCCAUGGGUGGCAGGAUCCGUUUGCUGGGUAUGGCGAGCGGAAUAGAGCGUUCCUGGUGGAGACGAGUAAGAAGUAUGAUCCGGAUGGGUUCUACCAGAGAGCGCGUGUGGGAGGAUAUAAGCUGACUGACUGUGCCUGA